UUAUCUAUGCUCCAGUUAAAAAAUUGAAGUUGGUACUAAAACCAUCGCUUUUAGAGUUGCGUUUUCAGCAUUAUCAUGGUUAAAAUGCUAUUAUAAUUUAUUAGUAUAAAAUACGUGCCUCAAAUAUAGUUAAAAUACGUGAAGUGCAAAGACAAUUUGAUAUAUUAAACAAUUAUAUGAAUACCUGCUUUUUGACAAAUUGCGCUAGACCGCAUAAAUAAAAUGGCAGCCCUACCACGUAGAAUAAUCAAAGAGACACAGCGAUUGAUGCAGGAACCCGUGCCGGGGAUCAGCGCGGUACCGAGCGAGAACAACGCGCGUUACUUUCACGUAAUCGUCACCGGUCCGGAGGACUCACCGUUCGAGGGAGGACUAUUCAAAUUAGAACUAUUCCUGCCAGAGGACUAUCCUAUGUCAGCGCCUAAGGUUAGGUUUAUAACUAAAAUAUACCACCCGAACAUAGACCGGCUAGGUCGCAUAUGCCUCGACAUCCUGAAAGACAAAUGGAGUCCCGCGCUGCAGAUCCGCACGGUGCUGCUGUCCAUCCAGGCGCUGCUGUCGGCGCCCAACCCCGACGACCCGCUGGCCAACGACGUCGCCGAGCUGUGGAAAGUGAACGAGAGCGAGGCUAUCCGAAACGCGAAGGAGUGGACCAGGAGAUACGCCAUGGACAACUGAGCGCGCCGUGCCUUGUCCACGCGCGCCGCGCACUGGACGAACACAAUAUAUUUAACAUGAUUUUAAGAGUGCAAGUUAUGUUUUACUACCUAGAUCGAGUAACUUGUGGAGAGACAAUUGUGGACAAAUUUUUAUUACCGGCGGGGGCACCGAGCCCUCGUGCCGCGGCCGACCUCGGCUCACCACGGCCGACCUCGGCUCUCCCAUAGCCUCGCCCCUGGCUGCCGAGUGUAGUCUGGCAAGCCCACAGAUUAUCCUUUACCCAAACACAUGUAGCUUGGUUAUGAUAUUAGGUAUGCAUAUUUUUUUACUAUAAUUAUUAAAAUAGCUAAAUAUAAAAAUUCCUGAGACCCUAUUGUAUAUACUUUAAUAGUUGAUCAAAUUUGGUUACAUUUAUACAAAGGAUAUAGUGUACGGUCGCAAAGUUCAACGCCUUUGUAUAACUUUAUCAGUUUGGAAGUGCAACAAAAGGUUUAUCAGUUCUUGAUCUCUGCAGAUACUGAUUUUCUUCAUAACUAGUGGAAUAUUGAGUAAUUUAUUAUUUUUCCAGUGAUUAUUUGCAUAAAAUAAUUUAAAAAUGAAUCUUAUGUACUAUAUACGUUGUAUAAAAGGUUAUCAUUAAAUUGUAUUUAUGUACAUUUGAUUUGGCUUUGUGAGAAACUUGAAAAUACAUAAUAAACAAAUGCUAA